AAGAGAGCUCUUGUCUGGCAGGACAGACCCAACAGCUGCAGGCACGACUACAGAAAAAUUUGCCUUGAGUGGCUUCUCAAGACGGUGAAGAAGAGGAACGAACAGUCGGAAGUGACGGAGAUACUGGAUGAGUCCGGUGUGACCCCCGCCCACUUUGCAGCACAGGGAGGACACCUCGACUAUCUACAGCUGCUCAUGGACUUUGGCUACAGCAUGGUCCACACGGACAGGGAGAACCAGAAGCCGGUAGAUUGGGCCGAUGCUAUGGGUCAGAAUAUCUGUGUCCGCUAUCUCACGAUGUACGAGACUUGUUGGGCACUCUCCGGAGAACUGACACACAUGGCCGAGCAGCUCGCUAUUGUACAGAAGGAGAAUGGACAGUUACGAGAUGCAUUCUCCAGUCUAGAGAAAGAGUAUGAAUCUGCCAUUACUAAACUGCUGACUAGUCACGAGGAGAGACUGACUAAGAUGAGGGAACAUCACGUCGACCUCAUGGCAUCAAUACUGCACAUGAACCAGGACACUCGCCCACUGGACCAUCAGCCAAUAAGAACAGGGGUCAAGUACCUGUGUGGAAGGCGCCCCCUGGACCACCCACUACCCCUAAACGAUCCUCCAAUCGUCCCCCUGUACCCCCGGAUCCUGCUGCUAAGAAGAGGUCUUGAGGAUCAAAGGACAGAGGUCAUAAGGCGGCAGAUAAAGGGGAGGACCAUAAUACCAUUGACUAUCGAACAGCCACCCACCAAGAAGUGUUAGAGAAGCAGAUGACGUCACAGUAGAUCAGCGUAUGAAUGCUAAUGGGAGGCUCGUAAACGUGGUGGUGGUAUGACCUGAACCUUCUCCCCCCUCACUCCUAUCAUACAGCGUCUCUACAGCAAGUCAGAUGAGGUGAGAGACACUGUACAUGUGUGUAGCUUGUGUGCAAUACAGUACAGUUACGUACGCACUGUAUCAUACCUGUUUGGUAGUGGCCAUGCACCGGGCAGAGGUUUGGGGACCCAUUAACCUGGCUGUAUUAUUGAGAGACACAUGCUAUGGAAACUUUGGGGCCCAUUAACCUGGCUGUAUUAUAGAGGGUGGCCUGCUAACACAGGUCCAAACACAUGCUAUGGAAGCUUGCCUGGCUGUAUUAUAGAGGGACACAUGCUAUAUAUAGAACUUUGAGGCCCAUUAACCUGGCUGUAUUAUAGAGGCUGCAUGUACUUGUAGGGUAUAGACAGGUUUCAAUGUAGCCAACAGUAUAGACUUUAGUAGCCACCUACAUUGUUUGAUUUCUGUGCCCAGGCUGAUAGCAAGAGUGAGAGGUCCUCCAGGAGCCAGAGACACACAGAAGACGCUAGGAGAUCGGCUCCAAAAGUCAAGUUCUCUAAAACUAUUACCGAGUUUCCAUACUACAGUCGCUAUGACAACCCGACAGAGAUGAAAUCAGCAUCAAUCCCAGGUCAAAGUCCGUCCCAUAGUCACCUUGGCAAGUUGGAUGGGGACUCGCUGAGGGUCAAAGGUGAAAGCUCGGAACACAUCAGAAAAAAAUUAAUUAUUAUUAGCAUAGCACAAACUGUUCAUUAUUUUUAUUGCUUAUACUCAAGAUUUGUAUGUUACUAAUGAUAGUGUCAUUUGCCAUA